AUGGCUUUCAUACCUUUAAGAUUAUCGCUUUUGCGGCUUGUGUCGCAAAAUGGAUCGUUUUCUACAUUGCAAAGGACAAUCUCUUACAAAAGUGCAAUUUCUUUGAAUACUCUUUAUCCAAAUAGUUCUUUAAAGCUCACCACUCCUGCUUUUACACCAAAUUCAGACGAAAAGUUCUCAGGUUUCAUUCCUCUUAAUAAAGUAGAUAUAAGCUACAGUGCUAGCUCAGGCCCUGGAGGACAGAAUGUUAAUAAAGUACAUACUAAAGUAGACCUCAGAUUCAAAUUAGAUGAAGCCGACUGGAUUCCCACAGAUAUAAGAGAGAAAAUGUUGCAAACUCAUGGAAAGAAACUUACAAAGGAAGGCUAUUUAAUUGUUCGCUCUGACAUAACUCGCUCCCAGCAGCUGAACCUUGCUGAUUGUUUACGCAAACUUCGCUCUAUGAUACGCAAUUCAGCAAUUACUGAAAGCAAACCUGAUCCAGAAACUGAAGAAAGGAUUAGACAGAGACAUUUAAAAGCAUCACGACUGCGGGUCAGCAUCAAGAGAGAGGAAGCUUACAAGCGGGCCAUGAGGCGGCCACCUACUGUUGUUGAUUUAUGA